AUGGUCAAAUUAAGUGCUACUAAUGUUUCUACGCCGGUUGAUAGUGAAGAGGAAAAUGAUCAAGUUGAUGAGGAGAUUGUAGUGGAGCCGAACCCAGCCGUGAUUCCACCGGCCGUUCCAUCUACAUCUAAUCCACCGGUUGCUAAACCGGCAUUUGUUGAACCUGAAGUCAAGGCUUACAAGCCUAAGAUUCCUUUUCCUCAACGAUUGAGGAAGGGUAAGCUCAAGGAACAAUAUGGGAUGCCGAAUUAUGCAAAGUUCAUUAAAGAUCUUGUGACGGAUAAGAGGAAGCUAGAGGAAGCUAAGGCUACUUUCCCCAAUGCGGAGUGCUCGGCGAUUGUGCAAAAUCAGAUUCCACCUAAGCUUGAAGAUCCAGGGAGUUUUCUGAUUACUUGUUCCCUUGAUGUUAAACUUACUUGUGAUGCUUUAGCCGAUAUUGGUGCUAGUAUAAAUUUGAUGCCAUUUUCAGUUUAUAGAAGAUUGUCUUUAGCAGCAUUAAAGCCAACUCAGAUGAGCAUUAGGCUCGCCGAUCAUUAA